AUCGCGUUUGUGCCGUGUAGGUAAAUCAAUGUCAUGUGCACACAUCCAUACAAUUCAGUUCUCUCACGAAUCGAUCUACACAGCUCAGUCAGUUGAUCACUCCGGGACCACAAGGACACGGCCGCCAAGCUGGCCGUCAUGCAAAUAUCGCCAGGCGGUUGCUGACAGCUGCUUUCGACAUUCCUUUCCCUCCCCCCGCCCGUCUCUCAGCAGCUGACCCCUGUAAUGUUUCUCGUCUCUGCCGAUGCCUCCGAUACCAAGAGCUCGGUCCCAAGUGAUACUCACGCCCAAUUUCAUUCUCCUGACUCAUGUGAGUCUCAACGUAGUCGUAUCUGUGUGCCAGGGACUCGACGACUCGCUGGAUGCCGUCUAGUGUCUGGCCCUUGCGAUCGAGGGCUUUGGUGAGGUCGAGAUGGCACACCAGCAGCCGAUAGAGAAUCUUGAACACAUGGGCCGUCGCAUAAAACUCCUGACCUUCCAGGCGAUAGCGGCGUGCGAACGACAGGUACUCAAAGGCCAUCGACAGCUGGUGGUGCGCAUAGGCCAGCGGGGAUUGUGAGGGGUCAGCAGGCGCGUGCUCGUCGUGGGCAAACAGGCUGGGAUCUUCGAGCAAGGCCUCUGCACUCAUGACGGCAUCCGCACUUGUCGCCUCAAAGCACUGAUGGAUGUCGUGGUGGGUCUCGAUGCCCCCAUUGGCGAUGAUCGGCAGGGACGUGACUUCCCUGAGUCGCCGGAUGGCCUCCCAAUCGCACGGCCCGGUGUCGGCCUUGGUGUUGAAUCGUGUGCGGCCAUGGACACAGAUGAAGGCCACGCCGGCAGCCUCGAGAGCCCUGACGGUGUCAACUGUCCUCUCCCAUGAGGGCAGCAGGCGAAUCUUGGCCGACACGGGCUUAGUCAGGUGGGAACGCAGCCCAUCCACUAUCCUCACGACCGUCGACAGGUCCUCUAGCACUGCAACCAACAACACACCCAGACAGGCAGACAGACAGACAGACAGACAGCACAUGACGAGGGACGCUGUCAUCUCGUUUCAUCUAUCUUGCUUACGAAAUGCGCCGUAUCCGCCGCUCCUGGCGCAGCCCUGCGGACAGCCGAGAUUGAUGUCAGUCACGUCAGCGAAGGGCUCCAGCGCCUUGGCGGCCUCGAUGAAGUGUGGCGGGGAGUUGCCGCACAGCUGCACACUCAGAGGUCGGUCGUCCGCGAACUGCACAUCUGAUCAACGGGAAUGGCGAGAGGCAUGCAGUCAGUCGUCGACCAGGGGAUGUGCACUGUGCCUUGUGUGUGCCUGCCGCCUCACCUUCCAUCACUCUGGCCAUGAUCUUCGGGUGCUCGAGCACAAUCCUGCUGUGCACCAUCGGCGUGCAGGCCAAAUCUGCACACCAAUCCACAGCAGAAAUAAGACAUGCACAGAGAAAUGCACUGACAACAAUUCGUGUUUGCUGCCGGGCGUACCAGCGCCGUAUUUUCUGGUCAUCAUGCGGAAGGCCGCCUCGCUUUGCGACACCAUCGGCGAACAGACAUAGCGCGGCGAGCCCAGAGAUGUCCACACGUCCCACGAAGAGUCGCCAUCCAUCGCACAGAGGCUGCCCCCAGACAACCUGAGGCUCCUGCGCCUCUUGCGAUGCAGACAGGCGCUGUUUGUCACAGAUCUCGGCUUGUCAGCACACGAGGGAGGAAGGAACAAAACGUCGGCACCAGAACAGAACAAAAGUGAGCAAGACACACCCCAAAUCAUCCAAGGCAGCUGUUGGAGGUUCC